UUGUUGCCUGGUUUGAAUUCGCUGCUGGCAUGCCAGUUGGCAAGCGAGUGAAAUGUCAUCGCUUUGUUGACAUCAUCGCGGCUGAAAAAAAGCAAACAGCGGAUCAGUGAUGUGAAAAACGGGAAAUAGCUGGAAACUCUGUGAUCCCAAGAGAGUGAUUUCCAUCCCAAUUGCCACGUGGACAGUUCAGUGAUUCCGGGAGUGUGAAGAGUGCUCGUGGCGUGUGAAAUUGCAAUGAUUCCGGGAGUGUUUUGAGUUGUUUUCCGGCCAACUAGAUCGCGUGGCUGUUCCGGGCAACUGAAUGGACUGAGAGAGUACGAGCAGAAUCACGGGAUGCUGCGAUCCGUGCUGGUGGCUUUGUUUGUGUGGGACCUAACGUCACUGUGCCGCGCCGGCGGAGUGCUGCCGGUGGCGGAGUUGCGGCGCGACAGACGCGCCGUAAUCGCCGGGCCGCGGCGCCUCAUUGACGAGGUGGCGUGUCCGGAGGUCAGCAAGAUGUGCAGCAAUUUGCGCUCCGGCGCGGACGACCUGUUCGUGCUGGAGUGCAUCCAAUCGUUCACACCGGAGCAGCUGGAGUCGCUGUCGGAGACGUGCAAGCACACCAUUUGGGAGCACACGUCCGACAUCAUGCGCGACGAGAACGUGCGCCGGCUCACGGUGAAGACGUGCGGCCAGGAGGAGGUAGACAAGCUGGACUGCAAGGUGACUGAGGAGAUUGGCCACUUCCUGGCCUGCGUCCUGGAUCGACGCGAGGACGUGGCCAGCAAGGAGUGCCGCAGCUUUAUCCAACGUCUCGAGUGGGUGGCAUUCUCUGACUUCCGCCUCAUCGGGCCGUUCAUGCACGACUGCGAGAAGGAUAUCGUGCAGCUGGGCUGCGGCCGCGUGCAGCUAGACCGAACGAAGCUGUCCCAGGGCGAGACGCUCGCCUGCCUGCAGUCGCAGCUGGACAAGCUGAACAACAAGUGCCGCAAAGGCGUGUUCCACCUGUCUGAGAUGCAAUCGGACAACAUGAAGUUCGAUCGGCAGCUCUUCCUCGCCUGCGUCACGGACUCCGAGCGCUUCUGUCCGCAGGGCAGGCCGGGCUCUGGCGCGGUGUACAAGUGUCUGAUUCGGCACGUGAACCACGCCAGCAUGUCGCAGCGCUGCCAAGAACAGCUCACGCGGCGAGAGAAACUCAUCGCGCACGACUACAAGGUGAGCCGCGGUCUGGCCAGGGCGUGCCGCGACGACAUUCGCGUGUAUCACUGCCGGCGCGGCGUGAGUGACGACAAGGAGGUACGCCUGGCGCAGAUCUUGCUCUGUCUGGAGGCGGCGCAGAAGAACAGCUCCAAGAUCACGCCCGAGUGUCUCGCCGAGAUGACGGACCACCGCAAACUGCUCAUGGAGGACUACAAGCUGUCGCCGGAGAUCCUGGCCGGCUGCCAGGAGGACAUCGCCAAGUUCUGCGGCAACAUCGACUCGGGCAGCAAGACCAUCCACUGCCUCAUGGACCACGCCAGGCCCAAGCGCAAGAAGGAGCGGCGCGUGUCGCCCACGUGCGAGCGCGCCGUGGAGCAGCUGGUGAAGGUGGCCGACGUGGGCGAGGACUGGCGCGUGGACCCAGUGCUGCGGGACGCUUGCAAGCCCGUGGUAGACGUGGCGUGCCGCGACACGGAGGGCGGCGACGCCAGGGUGAUGUCCUGCCUGAUGGAGAAGCUCUCCACCAGCUUCAUGACGCAGGACUGCGAGGCGGCGCUGCUGCAGAUCCAGUACUUCGUGGCCAGGGACUUCAAGCUCGAUCCGCAACUCUACCGGCACUGCAAGGAGGACGCCGUGCGACUGUGCCACGCCAAGAAGGCCUGGGCGGAUGUGACGUCUGAGCAGAUGGACCCCGAGAGGGGCCCACUCGUGCUGCCCUGUCUGCACCGCUACGCCUACCACGCAUCGCCGGACAUGCACCUCCGCCCCGAGUGCUUCCACGAGGUGAAACGCGUCAUGCGUCAGCGCGCCAUCGCCGUGGAUCUCAUUCCGGAGGUGGAGGACGAGUGCCUGGACGACCUGACCAGGUUGUGCCACGACAAGACGGGCAAAGGCGAGGAGAUGCAAUGUCUGCAGGAUAAUUUGGAGAAGCUGGACAGCAAGUGUUUGCUGGCGGUGGAGAAGUUCACGGAGGAGGAGGCAGGUCACGUGGAGCUGAAUUCGGUGAUCAUGAUGGCGUGUCGCGGCGCCAUGGAGCACUACUGUGACGCGGUGCUGAAGAGUGGCACGGACGAGGGUGAGAUGAUGGAGUGUCUGAUCUCGCACAAGAACGAUCCGGGCAUGCGAGAGGAUCUGAAGUGUCGUGCCGCUGUGGAACACUUCCAGAUCAUCUCGCUGAAGAACUAUCACUUCACGUUCAAGUUCAAGGAGGCGUGCAAGACGUACGUGACGCGCUUCUGUCCGGCCAGCAAUACGAAGUACGAAGUCGUGGCGUGUCUGAGCGAGAGGAUGAGGAAUGACACGCUGAAGGGACAGCGACACACAAUUCCGAAGGAGUGCAGACAGCAAGUGCGCAGCCAAUUGUAUCAGCAACGUGAGAAUAUUGACUACGAUCCGCGCCUGAAGAGCGUCUGCCGGGAGGAAAUUGACCAUCUGUGCUACGAAGUGCCCAAUGCGGGCGGUCAGGUGAAUAGAGGCCGAAAUAUUCUGGAGUGUCUGCAGAGGAAUACGGAGAAGCUGAGUCCGCCGUGCAGACACGCCUUGUUUAGCGUGCGUCGCUCAGAGUUGAUGGACAGUGCCACAGAUUACACCCUGAUCAACGCGUGCAGAGAGAUGCUGCAGCAGUUCUGUCCGCGCGUGGAACAAUCCAAUGCGCUGCAGUGCCUGAAAGUGCACAGAGAGGAGCCAAUGUUCGACCAGAAGUGUCACUAUGUCGUGGUGAAUCGCAUGAUCGAGCAGAAUCUCGACUAUCGCUUCAAUCCGCAGCUGCAAGACGCGUGCCGCCAGAACAUUGCCAACUACUGCACGGACAUCGUGGCGUCGGCGAAGAAGAAUGAGGAACUGAACGGGAAGGUGGUGAAUUGCCUGAAGGCGAAGUUUCGCGAGGGCAAACUCACGCACGAGUGCAAGAACCAGAUGACGCUGGUGCUGCGCGAACAGGCGCUGAACUACAAGUUGAAUCCACUGCUGCAGAAUCUCUGUCGCAAGGAGAUUCAGGUGCUGUGCCGGCCGACAGAUGAGAUUGAGGAUCACGGGCGCGUGGAGGAUUGCCUGAAGGAGGCCUUCCUCCGGCAGCAGAUCAUCACGAAGGAGUGCAAGAUCGAAGUGGCGACGCUGAUCCAGGAGGCCAAGGCGGACAUUCAUGUGGAUCCGCUGCUGCAGCAAGCGUGCACGUCGGAUCUACUGCGCUACUGUUCGGACGUCAUGAGCGGCGACGGAAGACAAUUGCGGUGUCUGCAGACGAUCUUGUCGGAUCAGUCGAAGGCGCUGGAGGAGAAUUGCCGGCAGAAGCUGCUUCAGCGCGUGGAGAUGUUCAAGAAUGCCGCUCCACUCGUGGCAGCGCCGGAGAAUCUAUCAGACUUGUACACUCAGGUGUCGUCAUCGCCAGCGAAGAAGUUCUUCUUCAUAGCUUUCCUCACCUUUGUGGGCUUCAUCUUCAUCUUCGGGCUGUUCUGCGGCCGCGCCACGAGGCGCACCAUUGCCAUGAAGAACAAGUGA